AUGGUGUUCAACGUGGUCAGUGGCACGGUGAACACCUUCAGCUUCGCGCGAUUUGGAACUAUCUCUUCCAUCGUCUCAACUAGCCCCCAAGUAUCCUUUGUCAAUGUGACAUUUGACAAUUCGGGUAUCGAGGUGGAUCCGCCAGCGGGCUACAUAGGACCAGUGAUGGUUACUCUUGUGGUCAUGCCAACGGAGGGAGGAGACUCCAGCACCAUCCUGGCUCAGCUGAACAUUGUGGCCCCGUCGUCUUCAUCCAGCAGCCUUACGAGCAGCAGCCCAUCUGCCUCCCCGACCGUCCCGUCGUGCGGAUUCACCGGCUAUGACACGGGCACCAACAUCGGCUAUUACGCAGACGCCAGCUUGGCCACUUAUUUCGGCUGCAGCAGCCUGUGCAACGCCAACGCGGCCUGCCUUAGCUUCGCCAUCAAUCCGUCCGCGCCUGCUUGCAUCCUGUACGAGCAUGAUCUCAGCGUUGACCUGUACUCGGCCUCGAGCCCCAACACCUUCUACCUGCGGGGUGGCUUCUGUCCGCCUGCGACGACGACCACGACGACCUCAUAUAGCCCGACCCCAACUGGGAAGUUUCCCUAUUGCCCGGCCGGUUUGUCCCCCUACAACGUCACCCAAGUCACGGCUGGUACUCAACAGCCCUACACCCCUUGCAUCGCCGGCAAGUCCGCCUCUGCCUGCAUGCACGACAUUGACGGCAACAACUACUGCAACGACUGCAUCUCGUGCCUCAAUGGCUGGGCCUGUGCGUCAGACGCCGAUUGUCCGGCCGGCUACGCGUGUAUCGUCGGUUCAGACUGUCCUGGGAAUGGCACCACGGGGGUUGCCAUGUGUCUGUACAUGUUGUAUAAUCCGGCGUAUAACUGUUAUGCCGCGGCUUGA